AUGGACGAUUGGACAAUCAUUGCCGCUAUGAUUGCCCUGAUACCAUCGGAUAUCGGGUCUCAGAUACUGGUCGACCUGGGCCUAGGGAGAGAUAUAUGGACGGUCCCUCCUGAAAACAUUACCGAGAUACUACUUCUAUUCUUCGUCGAGGAGUUACUUUACGCGUUUGUGGUCGCAAUCACCAAAAUUUCCAUCCUCCUGUUCUAUCUUCGUCUGUUCCGCGAACCGUGGUUUCGGAAAAGCUGUUACGCAAUUAUGGGCGUGAACGCCGUCUACGGUGUUGGCCAAGUACUCGCAAUCGCCUUGGUUUGCAACCCGGUUGAUUACAACUGGACACGGUGGGAUGGAAAGCACGUAGGAAGUUUCUCUGGAGGACUAUUCAGCUCAGAAACGUCGACUGACUUCCAUUCAUUCCAGUGCGGCAACAUUACGCUCAUGACAUACAUCAACGGGGGGGUCAACAUCACCUUGGACUUUGUUCUUUUUUUUCUGCCAGUGACGCAGUUUAUCAACGUCUCCUGGACCCAGAAGAAGAAGAUCGGCGUCAGCGUCAUAUUUCUUGUCGGCCUUUUGUGA